UGCGGGAAUCAUAGAGAUAGGAAAACGGAGUACUACAUCCGCCUAACUUUUUGUUCUACUGUGUACUAGGAAUGUCUAGUUUAUGUUGAUGAGAAAGAGGUGGAAAAGCAGCGCGUUGGCAUGAAAACGUAGAAGCGAGCCGUCUGCAUCGAGCUGAGCGCUGGGCGGGUUCUGACGGCGAUGUGGGAACUUUAACUAGAAAUAAGAUUCCUGCAACCUGAGCGCAGUGCAAAGACCUGGCGACUCUGCUGGGCUUUCGUCCCAACCACAUCCUCUUCAGCCUGCAACACGGGGAUAAAAAUGAGGUGAACUGAUGAUGAGCACUGCCCAGUGCUAGAACUAACUGAAGAGGGAAUUAUUUAGCAAAUAUGCUGUUUUGUGGCUUUUUGUUUCUACAUAGUUCAUUUUUCCACUUUCACUCUCGGUUCCCUAAAUCCUGAGAAUUUGUUUUGCAACUUUGCAACAUUUUGGAGCAUAUCCUCAGGAUCCUAGCCACAGGUAGAAAUUUGCCAAAGUAUCUCAGGGAAGCGGUAACCUGCAUCUUCUAUACGAAUAUAACAACUUGAAACAAUGGACAGAUGAUAUCAAUUAAACUGCACUUGGCAGCUGACUUUAUCAGAGUACAAGCAACUGCAUAAGCAGUGCCAGACUGCAAGGAUUUUUAUUACCCUAGCCACUGGGAAUUAUGUACAGUGUCUCAGUUCUCAGAGUGACUGCCGUUUCUACGUAGAUCUCUUUAGGAUUUGUAAUCAUGUCUGUUACUGCAACAGAAGACGAAAUUCCUAGAUUUUUUGUGGGUGGUGAAGAUCCAGAUGAGUUUUUGAAUCCAUCCAGGUCUGCAGAAUUUGAAGCCUUUUAUGAUCAUGAAGAUGAAGACGACGAGUAUGAUUCUCCACCAGAAAAACAGAUCAUGGUUGGAAUAUGUUCUAUGGCAAAGAAAUCAAAAUCAAAACCAAUGAAUGAAAUCCUUGAACGCCUUUCCAUGUUUAAAUAUAUCACAGUAGUAAUAUUUGAAGAAGAUGUGAUUUUGAAUGAACCAGUGGAAAACUGGCCCUUAUGUGACUGUCUCAUUUCUUUUCAUUCUAAAGGAUUUCCAUUAGACAAAGCAGUUGCCUAUUCAAAGCUGAGGAAUCCUUUUGUUAUUAAUGACUUGAAUAUGCAAUAUCACAUACAAGACAGGAGAGAGGUUUAUGGCAUUCUCGAAGCUGAAGGUAUUUUACUCCCUCGUUACGCAGUUCUAAUCCGUGAUCCAAACAAUCCACAAGAAUGCAAUUUGAUUGAAGGUGAAGAUCAUGUGGAGGUGAAUGGAGAAGUUUUCCAAAAACCAUUUGUGGAGAAGCCCGUCAGUGCUGAGGACCACAAUGUUUAUAUUUACUAUCCAACAUCUGCUGGUGGUGGAAGUCAGAGACUCUUUCGGAAAAUUGGUAGCAGAAGCAGUGUUUAUUCCCCUGAAAGCAGUGUGCGGAAAACUGGUUCAUAUAUCUACGAGGAGUUCAUGCCUACAGAUGGCACUGAUGUGAAGGUAUACACAGUAGGACCAGAUUAUGCACAUGCAGAAGCUCGUAAAUCCCCUGCACUGGAUGGAAAAGUAGAGCGGGACAGUGAAGGGAAAGAAGUGCGGUAUCCAGUCAUCCUUAAUGCAAGGGAGAAGCUUAUAGCUUGGAAAGUAUGCCUAGCUUUUAAGCAAACAGUUUGUGGCUUUGAUCUGUUGCGUGCAAAUGGACAGUCUUAUGUCUGUGAUGUCAAUGGCUUUAGUUUCGUGAAGAAUUCUAUGAAAUAUUAUGAUGAUUGUGCUAAAAUCCUUGGAAAUAUCGUAAUGCGCGAACUUGCUCCACAGUUUCAGAUCCCAUGGUCCAUACCUUUAGAAGCUGAGGAUAUUCCUAUUGUGCCAACUACAUCUGGAACAAUGAUGGAACUUAGAUGUGUUAUUGCUGUUAUACGGCAUGGAGAUCGGACACCAAAACAAAAAAUGAAAAUGGAAGUUAAACAUCAGAAGUUUUUUGAUCUUUUUGAAAAAUGCAAUGGAUACAAGUCUGGGAAGCUAAAAUUAAAAAAGCCAAAGCAAUUACAGGAAGUACUUGACAUUGCAAGACACCUCUUAAUAGAGCUAGGACAAAAUAAUGACUCUGAGAUUGAAGAAAACAAAUCUAAACUUGAACAGCUGAAAACUGUGUUGGAGAUGUAUGGACAUUUUUCUGGCAUAAACCGCAAAGUUCAGCUGACAUAUCUUCCUCAUGGCUGUCCCAAAACAUCCAGUGAAGAAGAAGAUAGCCACAAACGUGAGCCAUCUCUACUCUUAGUUCUAAAAUGGGGAGGAGAAUUAACACCUGCAGGCAGAGUUCAGGCAGAGGAACUAGGAAGAGCUUUCCGAUGCAUGUACCCAGGUGGACAAGGUGACUAUGCUGGAUUUCCAGGGUGUGGUUUACUUAGACUGCAUAGUACCUACCGGCAUGAUCUCAAAAUUUAUGCUUCGGAUGAAGGCAGAGUUCAAAUGACUGCGGCAGCUUUUGCAAAGGGACUCCUGGCAUUGGAGGGAGAGCUUACUCCUAUACUUGUCCAGAUGGUCAAAAGUGCUAAUAUGAAUGGGCUACUCGACAGUGACAGUGACUCUCUUAGCAGCUGCCAACAUCGUGCGAAGGCACGCCUUAAUGAAAUACUCCAGAGAGACAGAGACUUUACUGAUGAAGACUAUGAAAAGCUCUCACCAUCUGGCAGUGUUUCUCUGAUAAAAUCAAUGCAAGUCAUUAAAAACCCUGUUAAGACAUGUGAUAAGGUAUAUUCCUUGAUCCAGAGUUUGACAUCUCAGAUCAGAAGAAGGAUGGAAGAUCCUAAGUCUGCAGAUAUUCAGCUUUACCACAGUGAAACGCUGGAGCUAAUGUUGCGUAGGUGGUCCAAGCUGGAAAAGGACUUUAAAACAAAGAAUGGAAGAUAUGACAUCAGUAAAAUUCCAGAUAUCUAUGACUGUAUUAAGUAUGAUGUCCAGCAUAAUGUCUCUUUAAAACUAGAAAACACAAUGGAACUAUAUAGACUGUCAAAGGCGUUAGCUGACAUUGUUAUACCACAGGAAUAUGGUAUUACUGCAGCUGAGAAAAUAGAAAUUGCUAAAGGGUACUGCAAUCCACUACUGAGGAAAAUCCGGUCCGAUCUUCAAAGAACUCAAGAUGAUGAUACAGUUAACAAGCUCCACCCUUUGUAUUCCAGUGGGGUUACAUCUCCUGAACGUCAUGUCCGAACUAGGCUAUACUUCACCAGUGAGAGCCAUGUCCAUUCCUUACUAUCAACUCUCCGCUUUGGUUCUUUAUGUGAUCCAUCAAAAGAUGAGCAGUGGAAACGAGCUAUGGAUUAUCUAAAUGCUGUCAGUGAACUCAAUUACAUGACUCAGAUUGUGAUCAUGCUGUAUGAGGAUCCAAACAAGGAGCUUUCAUCAGAGGAGCGUUUUCAUGUGGAAUUGCACUUCAGUCCAGGAGCUAAAGGCUGUGAAGAAGAUAAAAAUUUACCGUCAGGCCACGGAUACAGACCUGCUUCACGGGAGAAUGAUGGCACAAGGAAAAACUCCCUCAAAAUUGAAAAUGAUGAGGAAUCACAUGGUAGUAAAAGGGAUGAAAUAGAUCGAUCUGUAAUGAUCUUCAAGCCAUUGGUGUCAGAUCCAAUUCAUAUACAUAGAAAGUCGCCUCUUCCAAGACCCAGGAAAAUUGGUUCAUCAGAAGAAGAGAGCCCCCUGAGUGUGUCUAGCCCAGAGUGUAUUGGUACCUGGCUGCAUUACACCAGUGGUGUGGGUACUGGGCGUCGAAGACGCAGAUCAGGGGAACAAAACACUUCUUCCCCUGUCUCCCCUAAAUCAUUGGCUUUCACAUCCAGUAUUUUUGGCUCAUGGCAACAGGCGCAGUUUAGGAGUGUUCAUUUGGCUCCAACAGAAACCAGCAGUUAUUUCCGACCACCAAGAACUAUUAUGGAGCAAAAGGCAAGCGGUAUAGGGUCUCACUGUGCGAGCCUGUUUAGCACUUCGGUGCUCGGGGGUUCUUCAAGUGCACCUAACCUACAGGAUUAUGCUCGUAUUCAUCGUAAAAAGCUGACUUCUACUGGCUGCAUAGAUGACACCACACGUGGUUCUGCUGCUAAAAGGUUUUCUAUCUCAUUUGCUCGACACCCAACCAAUGAACAUCCAGACCUCUUUAGGUGCUGGUCGGUUUCUUCUGAGGAAUUUCUAGGCGCCAGUGGCUUUGAAUUGUAUUCCAUGGUGCCUUCAAUCUGCCCUCUAGAAACCCUCCAUAACUCCUUGUCAUUAAAGCAGGUGGAUGACUUUCUUGCUUCCAUUGCUGCCAUUCCUUUGUACGACAGAUUUCAAGCCGCAUCCACAUUUUCUCUGCCUUCGCCAUCAUUUCUGGAUGCAAGAAAAAACUCUUUAAAUACAUACACCCCUGCAAAAAUCCAACCAACUCCAGAAGAAGACCCUUUGAGUCGGCGAGAAUGCUCCUCGACUAAGUCAAGUACCAGUGUUUUUUCGCCUCCUGUUUGAUACAUCAUAAAAUGCCAAAAAAGAGUUAAAACAAUACUUGUUUAGCACUGGUGGUUAAACUGUCUCAGAAGAAAUGAAGCUGUUCAAGCAAAACUGGAAGGAGCUGCCAGUGCCAUCUUUAGCAGUGUAUAUUUCUUUGUAGACAAAUAAGUUAACUUCAAAAGGCUAUUCAUUUCUCUCUGUGUAAGUAUGUGUUUCCCUGUAUAUAAAAUAAUUACUGAAGUGCAUAUAUAGUAUAUAUUCAGGAAAGGUAAUUUCUUUGUAUGGAAAGUAUGAAAAGCAAAGAUGUUUACAUCAAUGUUUUAAGGAAAUGGGUCUUUUAACAGAGAAACUGCACAUAACCUUUAACAUCUUUGUUGUCCUAAAUUCACGCACAAACCAAAACAGCCUAACAUACUGGUUUGCAUUAUAAAGGAGCACCUAGUAGGGAGAUAGGAGAGGGGUAGGAAAAGCCAUCAUUUCCUUUUUGCCCUACAGUAGACCUUAAGGCCCAGGACAUGAAAACUUAUUCAUCACCAAAGCACAUUAAUAGGACUCUGCUUCAUAGAUACCUUUAUGAAUGUCAAUCUGUGACAGCAUCUCAGUGGUUGGUUAUUUCCCCUCUGGUAGAAAUGCAUAAUGGAGCUGGAUGAUAAAUGAAAAGCGCUUAAGCCCUCAUGCUUUGAAGGUACACACACCAUUACCCAAAAAAAUAAAAGGUCAGAUUACUUUGAGCCACUUAAGCACUAAUAUAAAUAAUAAUUGUAAUAUUAGAAAGGUUCGUCGUUCGAAAGAAAGCUGUGUUAUUUUAUGAGGAAGAAACAGAUUAAACUCAUUUCACAGAGAGUUUUCAUUGGAGCCUGGCUCCAGUUUUUGAAAAACAGCAGAAAACUGUAAUAUGAAGUGCCCGAACAGCUAUACCUUCUUUGGAACUUCUCAAGGCUCCAAGUAACUUAAAGGCAGAUGAAAUAGUAAACAUUAAAACAAAAAACACCUGCAACACGAGAGACCAUUGUUUUAUAGAGAAAUAUUUUGCUUCCCAAUUCUGAAGCGCCUGGCAUAUGCCCACUACCAAACUUAAGGAACUCACUGUCAGUGGUGAUCUGUGUCAUAUCUUUUCUCCCUCAACAGCAACUGUGCUGGGGUGGAAAGACAUUGGUCUUGACUCUUCUCCAUGGUAGUCCUGCUUAAAUGGGCUAAAGUCAGGGAUAGUAUUUCAGUCUUAUACCUGAGUGCAAAAUACUGUUUUCUGAUCCCUACCCCAGCUUAAAUGUGGCUUCUGCAAAUAUCUCCGCCUUCCUGUUGCUUUCAGCCGUAUGGAGGUGCAGGCUAACAAUUCUGGUACUGCUUAGGUGGUUAAAGGUCUCUAUUUUUUGUAUUUGUGAAUUAAGAGCUAAUUACUAGUAUGUUGCCUAAACUGACACCUGGCACACUUAGUCUUACCUGGGAGCAUCUCUUUUAAAAAUGCAUUUCCAAAGAGAGCAUUUUUUUGUUGGGGAAUAGGUAUGCUGGGUGCAGGUGACAUGCCCUUUAAUUUCCUUGUUCUUUGUAUGUUUACACCAGACCCUUGACAUUCAAAUAUUCUUUGGUUGUUACUGUCUGUGCUUUAUGAUCUCCUAUCCUAAAAGUAAUUUCCUGUUUACACUUUUCCUAAAUGCUCUUCUAUUUUGUUGCAAAGAUGACUUUCUUCAAGAGAUUUCUGCAGGAUACUGCUUAAAGCAUAGUUCAUGUGUGGAUAACAGGGCUUCAUCAAAGCAGAAACAGCUGGUCUGUUAAUAUUCCAUGCUGGGAACUUUCUAUAUGUGCAGAUUAUAUUGUCAAGUUUUGAAAUUAAAAGAAAUUGUAGCAUUACCAAAUCUACAUAAUUACUGUUUCAGCACUGAACACUUGAACAUAAACCAAUACAGCUAAUGUUCCCAUCAUUAAAAUAUAAUGGAUUGGGUCCAGGCUUAGUCAGUUUGGACCCACUGAAAUCAAUGAGGCUUAACUAACUUGUUCUAUAUCUCUCAGUGAGUGUACUUAAGUGUUUAUAAGUCUGAGUCCAACCCAGGGAUUAAUAUUAAUGUGAUUCUCAUCAACAGCAAUAUUUUCCUGUUAAAAACCAGGAGACUUACCUUCAAAUAUAAUUGUUGUUUUUUUUUGUUUUUUUAAAAAAGGCUUCGAUUCUCAUCCUGGCAAUUCUCCAUGAAAGUGAAUUUGCUAAUUAUACUUGCCAUUGCAUUGCUGUGCAUAUUUCAUAUGAGUUCAUAUGAUAAAUUCUUAAGUAUGGUUUAAGAUACCAAAUAUAUAGUAGAUUCAUAACUUCUCAUUGCAAACAUUUCAUUAUCUAUAAUGUAAGUUUAUAAUAUGGGCAAUGUUUGUCUUGCUCACCUCUGAAUGUAUAAGUUAUGUUUACUGUUUUUCUAUAAGAAAAUGUUAUAAUUUAAGUGUGCAUAUCAUUCCAGACAACCAAAGCUUUGGCAAUUUUUUUGAUCUGCUCUCAAAUAAAAGAGUCAAUA